AUGGCGCCUAAGUGGUACGAGUGGCCUAUGUAUGCCUUCGCAACGCAUCGCCAAUUCAAGAGGCUAGCACACACUGGUACGCCGAACAUAUCAAAAAAUCCAUCACCAGAGAGCACUACGGAUGAUUUGGAGGGCGGCGAUGUACACGAGAAGAAGCAGGUCGACACCAGAGGUACUUAUCUCAUUGACGAGACAUCAUCGCCUGAAAUCGAUCCCAAGAACUGGCCGACGUGGAAGAAAGUUCUCACCAUCAUUCAACUCAGCAGUCUCGGGCUAAAUUUGACAUUCGCGUCGAGUGUAUCGGCAACAGCGGGUGAAGGUGCAGCUGUGACAUACGGUGUAUCUCAAGCAGUGGCGAAUCUCUCUGGUACCGCUAUAUUCUUGAUUGGUUUCGCAUGGGGGGCUCUUCCACUCGCACCGCUCUCUGAAGAGCUUGGUCGCACUCCAGUCUAUCUCUGGACGUUGCUAAUGAGUUCUAUAUUGGAAGUAGGUGCAGGCAGAUCGACGCACGUGUAUGGACAGCUUUUAUGUAGAUUCUUUGCUGGGUUUACAGGUGCCACCCCGCUCUCCAACUCAGGUGGCAGUGUCGUAGAUAUCAGCAGACCAUCAGAGCGGAACUUUCUGUUUGUCUUGUUCGCUUCGUCGGCAUUCAUUGGUCCAGUUCUCGGUCCAGUAAUUGGUGGAUUGCUCACACAGUACGCAUCAUGGGAAUGGUCGUACUACCUGACUGCGAUUUGGGGUGUAGUCGUCUUCCUCCAUGUCGCACUCUUCGUUGAGGAAACUUACGCUCCUGUGCUGUAUAGGGAGAAGGCGAAAGCAUUGCGUAGAAAGACAGGUGACAAGCGCUGGCACUCCAAGUACGACAAUCCAAAUCUCAAAGAAGUUUUUAAGGUAGCCAUGGUGAGGCCUUUCAAUUUCCUUCUUAAAGAACCAAUCGUCAUUUUCUUCACAAUCUACAUCUCUAUCGUUUACUUCCUGCUUUUCGGAUUUUUGGAGAGUUACGCCGUCAUAUUUGGUGAAUGGUACGAGCUAGAUGUAGUGUGGGUGGGUGUGGCGUUUGUACCGAUGAUUAUUGGUAUUGUUGCCGGUGGUAUAUUCCUCAUUCCGUUCUGCAUGCACUACGACCGCAUCAUCAAGAAGCACGGCAGCAUGCAACCUGAAGAGCACCUGAAGCCGCUACUCGUUGGAGCUGUUGGUCUGCCGAUAUCACUCUUCUGGCUGGGUUGGACAUGCUACCCAGACCGCAUACCCGUCUACGCGCCAGUAAGUGCUGGCGUGCUAUUCGGAUUUUCUCUUUUCCAGAUAUUCGUCGGGACAUACCAGAUCAUUAUGAGCUCAUACGCCCGUUACGCUGCUUCCGCAUUGGCUGGUUUCACUUUCGUGCGGUACAAUAUCUCAGGAGGGAGUGUGAUGGCUUCUGCGCCCAUGUUUAGGAAUAUGACUCCACAUUGGGCAGCUACGCUGUUGGGUAUAAUCAGUGCACUACUCAUACCAGUCGCAUACACGUUUUAUAAGAAGGGACCUGCGAUCAGAGCGCGGUCGCAGUGGGCCGUGUAG